AGGAACUUCACUACAGCAUGCUUUUAAAGAAUACUGUCUGAAAAUGUAGCUGACCUUUUAUUUAAACUAAAAACUAGGGAAGAUAAGUGCUCUUGACUUCGGACAAAUCAUUUUCUGUUUGUGUCUCUGUUUCCUCAUGCUUAUGCAGAAAUGCUUUUAACUCUGCAAAACUGAAGUAUUUCAGUGAAAGGAUUGUGUAAUGGCCCAGGACACUACAGUGCCCAAACUGAACUUUGAAUAUUGGUUGGAUAAAGCUGUUGAAUGGGGUCAAGCCACUACAUUGGAAUCCCAGAAAGAUGUGUGCCUUCACUUGCCCCAGCUGCAGGAGUUUCUACAUCAGCUUUAUGAAACUUUAAAAGAUGUGCAGGGUUCAGUUGCAGCAAUCCAGCAGUUCCCUUUAAUUGGACAGCUUUUAGGAAGGCUCUGUUGGAAUCCUGUUGUUAUAGGAUAUGAUGAAAACCAGAAGGCUCUGAUGUGGUGCUUGUGUUGUCUGUACAGCAGUGAGCCACAGAACCCUGUGGAGGUGAAGGCCAACAGCUGGAUCCGUAGUUUGCUGUGCCAUCUCCUUUCUUCUUCUGAGUGGGAAAGUAAUGAAGCUGAAACCAAUCUGUUCAUAUCAACUCUAGGCUACACGUCAGCAGAUUAUUAUGGUCACUUAGUUAAAAAUAUGAUCUUUUCAUUAGUAACAGAACUCAGAGAAAAUCCUUUCAAUGGACUUAAUAUUCAGAGGAGUGUUUCAGCCAGUCGUGUGAAUGCUGUUUCCAUUUGCUGUGUCCCUCUCAUUACUUUGCCUGACCUGACUCCCUUGCUGGAAACUCUUCUUCUUUACCAUGGAGGUUCACCAAAAGAAAUUCUCUGUCCAGAGUUUCUGGAGGCUGUGAAUGAGGCCUUUUUAAAGAAGAAGAUCUCCCUUCCUGACUCAGCUGUCUGCAGCCUCUGGCUUCGGCACUCACCAAGCCUGGAAAAAGCGACCUUACAUCUUUUAGACCAUUUGGUUUCUAUUCAGCUGAACUCACUGGAAGAAGUGGCUUGUGUCAUAAAAGACUCAUUACUGCCACAAGCAGCGAGCCAUCCUGCCAUUUUCAGAGUUGUAAAUGAAAUUUUCAAGAAUGCACUGCUGGAAACUGAUGGAGCUUCAGAAGUUAUGACCAUAAUACAGGUGUUUACACAGCUCUUCCUUGAGGCUCGUCAGAAUCAAAACGAGCAGCAUAAAUUCCCAUUGAAGGCGUACUUCCCUUGCCAUCACCAGCCUCUGGUAAGAGCUUUACUCAGACAUCCCUCUGAACUCCCAACUACAUCUUGGUCUCAACACUUGAAAAACAUUUCAGAUAUGCUCAAAGCAUUAGUAGAAGAUACAAACGUUAGUUCUUUCACUGACCUUUUUGAAACCUGGUAUUUGGUUACUUGUUUUGGAGAAUGGCUGGAUAUUGCAGCAGAACAAUUGCUGAAGGCUGCUCUACAACCAGAUGCUUUGCUGUGGCUGCUGGCAUUUUACUACUGCCCUCAGAAUGAAAAUCAGCAAAGGACUCAGGCAAUGGUAGAAGUUCAAGCAGUCUACAAUCAUCUAAUGAUGCUCUUCAGCUGUACAGACCUUUCUCUCAGAGAUCUGGAGGCUGCUGUGCACAGGAUAAUGGGGACAGAGCAGUGCUGGAACCAGCAUCUCAUGACACAUCUUCUGACCAACUUUUUGCUCUUUUCAUCUGGUGGACAUUCGUUUGCCCAGGAAUGUAUUUACCAUAUUACUGAGACAACUGAUACAAGCAAGGAAGUUUAUAGCCUUCUUCUCCGUACUGCAUACAGAUUUAAACAUCAUGGAGAAGGAAACCAGAGGACUGUCAAGCUGCUGAAUGAACUUCUUCAAAAAUUUACAUUGAAAGUUUAGAUUUUUAAUAUCAUCUAUUUAUCAAGCCAACAAAUCAGAUCUUUAUCUAUAUUUAUUACUGUCAGAAUUCCAUUAGCAUCUUGCACCGCAGGUUACUAAGGGUAGAGAGACACAUACAUAAGCAUAUCUCCUAAUUUCCUAUUCCCUCACCUAUAUAUUAAAAUAACCUGUUGUUUGGAAAUAUUAAUCUUUUGAAACAUAAUAGUUGAAAAUUUUGUUCUGAACAUCUUCUGUAACAUGAGACCUACAAUCAGUUAAAGCAGUUCACUCAUCUCCUUUGUUGCUUAUCUGGCUGAGGAUCAGUUUUUCUCCCAAAUCACACAUGUGGGGUUUUUUUUAAGCAAACCAUAUCCAAUUGUUUGAUUGGUAAGUUGUUCCUAAAAUGUUUUGUUAUAUAAUUUUGCUUUUAUGAAACCCACGAUGGUCUCGAGUGAUUCAUGGUGAAGGUACUCCACGUUCUCAGGAAGUCAGCGACGUUUCCUGAACUCUUUCCUUCUUUCUGAAAAUGUUUCCUGUAGAGGAUUGGUUAGAAAUGCGAGGACAUAUGAACAUGGCUAAGGCUAUGGAUGAGCUGCUAAAGUAUAAGACUACUGCUAAAGUAUAAGCAGUUUCCCUAGGCCCAUGAGAAAGUUUGAGAUAGCAGGGCCGUGAGAAAGCGGCAGUGUCCUUGGGUAUCCUAAAUUGAGCUGAAAAACAGGAGCUAGGCAUUAC